CAGAAUUUGAAAUUGGAAGGCAAACCUGCUCGAACCUACAGGCCUUUAUCGAUACUUUGAUGACACGGCGUCGCCUCGACCUCCAUGUUUCUGCACUCAAUGAUGCCGAGUAUAAUCUGUAUACCUCAAGUUUGGCCGAUAUAACCCUUACCGACAAACAAGAUCUCAAAGGGCAUGACGACACCUACUAUGAACAACUCUCUCUCAGUUUGCGCGAGGCAAGGGCCUGGUUGAAAGGAAGAUACUCUCAUCUUCCAUCUACGGUGAUUGAAAACAUUUUACGAUUAUUCUCUCCGGAUCUAUCGCAAACCGAUAACCUAUCCGGUGGCCAAUUCUUCGCUGCGCAAAGGCUGGUGGUGCAUGCAGAAUCCGGAAAAGAAGUUGACCGUGCACUGGCGUUUGUUCAAGCUCAUCCGACAGAUAGACCUGUUGCUCGCCUCCCGUCUCCUUCCCAACAGCCUCUUCUAUUAACAACCUCUCGCAGGUCCACAGACGCGGUACAUCCGACAUCCAGUAAUGUCGACAACGCGACCAAUAACCCAUUCACCCCUCCUCCACAACAUCCCUCAGCAACUAAUAAUUCUUUCAGUCUUGGCCGUGCGAAGUCUAAUCCAGGUGGCCCACCAUCCGUCAGAUGCCAUGCCAAAGCAGCGGACUCAAUUCCCGGCAACAGCAAGCUGCCACCACUACCUCCACGAAAACCCGGUUCAUCUGCCGUCGUACCACCUCCGCGGCAUGGAUCACUCGCGUCGACUUCCCCCUCGCUUGUGACUCCUUCAAUGGUAUCAUCGAAAACAGUUCCCAUUACCUCUAGUCCUCAUCCACCAGUGGUACCACCCAAACCCACGCAUUUUACUCAUACCACCUCAACUUUAAUGAAACAGAGUUUGCAAGCUUCUAAAACCGGACAGACAAUGAAGAAGGCAGAAGAGCAAUUGGAGAGGGAACGCGUUCUUCAGGUCCUCAAAAGCUCAUCAUCCUCACCGUUUUCGAAUUCUACGCCUUCGAGGAAUCGCAGCGUCAGCCCGAGCAAGCCAGGUGGUUUGUCUGCAUCCUCAUCUUCGACUUCAAAUCCCGACCUAGAUCAAGAUUAUACGAGCUCUCAGGCUCCCCCCUUACCCAGACGACGCAGAGCUUCUCCGUCAGCUUCCUUUUCCGAUAGUUCCUUUCAACAAGUAGCUUUAGCUACAACCUCUUCGCACUCAGGUUCUAACACAAACCCCUUCCUGCGCAGCCCAUUUUCUUCCUCUUCCGAUCAUAAAGCCCAGACAUCCGCAUUCUCGUCAUCAACCCUUCCUUCAUCGUCGGUAUCCCUUCCUAGCACGCCUAACCUUCCCCCACCAAAGCAUCCCGAUCAGAGCCAUCGGAAGCCGCCUCCGCCCGUUCCGUGGAGUCCGUUUACUCCUGAUGGGGCCGUUAUAGAGGUCAUCGACACCAGAGCCUCCGAGUCAAAUCAGGCACACAAGCUGCCGCAAGAAGACACCUUUAUUUCAGAACCCCUCGAGUGUAUCCCCAAUUCAGUGGCAAAAUCUGCGGGCCCAUACAUCUCUGUGUUCAAUUCGGAGAUAACUCCAACCGCUACGCCAAUGAGAAAAAAUGACCGGAAUGAAGAAAGUCCUACUGCUAGACUUUUCAGAUCAAAGUCUAUGCACCAUCCCACUUCCGUUGCGUCGCCCUUCUCACCUGUGGGUGACUCACCUGGUGACAGCCCUCUGCCGCCACCUAUCAGAAGAAAACGGCCCGAAAGCGUCCAAGUUUUACCUGGUAAUUCAUCACCGAGUUCAGCUUCCUCUAUCACGUCUGGUUGGAUGAAGCAUAGCACCACCAACCAUCUCAAAGAUAACCCCAGGAUAGAUGCGCAUCGGAAGGGUCCUUCUUUCAACCACGACGAGUCGCGACCACACGAUCCUCUCAAUUUGAGGUCGAUUGCAGCCUCCCUUUCCCCUCAGUUACAGCAGAUUCAGCCCAAGCUUGAUAAGGCCAGGUUCAAAGCCGAGGCUGGUCUGAGCCGACGAGGUUUCAUAAUCAAUCCCAGCAUGUCGAGAAGAAAAGAGGAUCAAGAGGGAUUGAUGAGUGGAGAAGACCGGUUUUCUGAGGUUGGUGAGGAUGGAGACUUGAGGAACGGACAGGAACAAGGAAGCAGAUAUAGACCGAGAACGGUGGGCGAUAUCGGGGCGUCUGGAUGGGAGGACAAUAUUGUCCAUAGCGACAGUAGUGACGACAAUUCUGAGAAUGUCGGUCUGGAUAGACACUGGAAGGCAAAACAAUCACGAACUGCGACAGGUCGCCGGGAGCGUGACGUGGGUGGUGCAGCUGACGGUUCUGAUGUGGGCGCGGAGAAGGAUCACCUCAAAUGGCCUGUCAGUGAAGGUGAGGGUUGGAGACGUUUGUGAUUUUCUGUGCGUUCGUGGCCGGUUUUUCACAUAUGGACUGACAUUUUUUACUUCAACUUAAGCAAUGUGUAUUUUUGUUCCAACACUAGAGCUAACGUAUAUUUAUCGAUGCAUCAUGGAUUCUUGCAAUGUUUCGACAUCUCAAAAACACUCAAUACCGCGGACGAUCAUGUGUGCCGGAAUCUGACGCCACCGGAAUCUAUAUUCUUCCAACAAAAACUCAGCCCGGUUUCUACAUCCUUCACGUCCACAGCAUAUCCGAUAUUGUUGAAAAAACCCUCACUCGUGCCCUACAUGUGAUCAAAGAGCAAUUGAUUUUCUGCGAAGGCAAGAACCUGGGUGUCAAUCCGACUCACUCAGCUGGACUGAAUGGCGGUCCGGUCCAGAGGCAGGUCUCACCAGCCUAGGAAGCUUCGGGACAUAUUGAUCCGAGUCGUUGACUUGAAGUAAUCGGAAGAGGAUAAUAUGAAUUGCACGGAACAGCACUACUGCGUCAAGGAUCUCAUAACUUCUAAGAUUGAAGUGCUGAGGGUAUCAUGCAGACUUAAUCGGAACUGUGAACCCCCGACUACCUUGUGGAGGCUUGCGAUAGUAUCGUUUUUGGAACAAUUUCGGAAACCCUUCUCAUGUGUCUUAAGUACAAGAAUCAGUCACUGGUACUACAAGCCCACAAUACCCCAUGAUAUCCCCACCAUGUUCUCUGCGUUGAAACUGAGCUGAAACGUGAUUUUAUGGUGGAGCUGAUAACGCCAUCCACUCGUCUUCUUUGGAUUACUUCUCUUGAUAUAUUGAUUUACGAUUUGAUGUUCUCAAGAACCGAACCGAGUACCAACCUUCGUCCAUAUGGCUGUAACGACACUCCGGCAGCGAUAUCGGUUGCAAUCCAAUGAUUCCAAUCCAAGUCUAAGGUUGGGCUAAGGCGUGGCAAACGGAUUGUCAGAGAAACUUCUACCUUGGUCUCAGUACCAUGUUCACUACAUCUUUUAUCGCCCUCGUCCCCGCCAACUCAGCGCUUGCCGGUCAACGCACAACUUGAAGUCACAAGAAAUGUGGCUGCGCCAAAAUCCAUACC